AUGGCUUUCAAAGCUUCAAAUCCAGGGAUUUUCUCGCGACUCUCUGCGAAGAGAAAGCAAUCAGAUGGGAAGCUAACCUUCAGCGAUGACGACGAGCCUGAUGAUGACGAAGAGCUAGCUGAAGAGUAUGCCUCGCUAACAGAUGAACAAAUGCUCGAGAAAGCCAGUGUAGCCGUACAGUCUGAAAUUGGUGUCAAGCAUCCAGUGAUAUAUGAUGUCCACAACCUUUGCGAAAUGGCAUAUGAAAACAGACUUUUAUUUUUAAGAUGCUCAGGGAAAUGUGCAAGCAUUUUGAAAUCCCAUCUAACUUAA